CUCUUAAAUAGCGACUGCAUUGACAAAACGUCGGUUUUGCUGCGUGGCAUUUUUUUUCUGGCAUUUUACUAUACAAUUUGACGUGUAAAAAAAGAUACUGAAAGAAAACUAAAAUUUAGUAGCAAAUAAGUAAGACCAGAGAAAAAAUCUUAGUUAAUUUUUAAAUACCACACUUAACACAAGUAAACGUAACAAGAAAGUGACUGGAGGAGUGUUGGGAGAAGACUAGGAAAGAAAAAAAAUAAAGAAAUAAAUUUUUUUGUAAAGAAAAAUUUAAAAGAAUAAACAAAUUAAUCAAAAGAAAAUUUAUUGUGUAUAGAAGAAAAGAAGUACACAUAAUACUAAGAAAAGAAAGCUUUUGUUGCUGCUGUUGGAGCUUAAUAACUAAUUGAGUUGGUUUUGUGUUUAAAAAAAAAAAUGGCCAUUAAACCUGGUAUGGGACGUAAGUCUUCUUCGAAGAAUCCUCCUAUCUUAAGUCAUGAAUUUGUUAUACAAAAUCAUGCCGAUAUUAUAUCCUGCGUGGCCAUGGUUUUUGUUUUGGGUUUGAUGGAUGAAUCGACGGCACCCUUUGCCAGUGCUUUUAUAUCUUUGCAUCACAAUGUUUCGGGAGAGGAGCCUACACGAGAGCAACCUUUUGGCAAGCCUUAUACCUAUAUGGCAGGCAUUAAGGAUUAUUGUGCUGUUUUCUUUUACACCAUUACCUGUAUUAUCAUGCAUGCCAUUAUCCAGGAGUUUGUUUUGGAUAAAAUCUCCAAGAAAUUGCAUUUAUCCAAGUUUAAGCUGUCACUGUUUAAUGAAAGUGGUCAAUUGGUUACCUUCUAUGUUAUGUCUUUCUUGUGGGGUGCCAACAUCAUUCUUAAGGAGGCCUAUUUCAGCAAAUUUUCGCUUUUGUGGGACGAUUUCCCCAAUCACCCCAUGACCUUUUUGCACAAGUUCUAUUUCAUCAUACAAUUGGCCUACUAUCUGCACAUGUUGCCUGAAUUGUAUUUCCAAAAGGUGCGUAAAGAGGAGCAACAACCCAAAAUUAUCCAUUCCAUCUGCGGCUUUUCGGUUAUCUGCUUGGCCUACAGCUUUGGCUUCCAGCGCAUUGCUGUUGUCCUUUUGACUCUGCACUAUUUGAGUGAAAUUGUUUCUCAUAUCUUUCAAUUGAUUGGUGUCUUCGAUAAGGAUGAAAAACUAGCCAGUGCUCGCAUUUUCAAUUCAGCUGUCUUUGUUUUUGUGCGUUUCACCACCAUGGUCAUAGGUGUCUUGACUUUAUACUACGGUGUGGUAGCCACCACCUCCAGCAAAUUGCGUGGCUUUUUGGCUUUGGUGUCUCUUAUGGCCUUGCAGGGCUAUUUGAUUUUCUCUUUCAUUACCGAACAGCUAAAGGCUAAACGUGAGGCUAAACAAUUGGCCAAAUUGCAGUCGUCCACACAAAAGAAGAAGUCACCCAAGGAGAAGACAAAACGUAAGCGUGAAUCCGAUUUACCAGAAGCUGAUCAAUCACCUAAUGCUCCUAUUAACCAUAAGCCUAAGGUUAAAUAAGUUAAAAGCUGUAUACUUAAGGAUUUAUACAAAACAACAAAAACAAAUUUACAACAAUUUUCUAUUGUAAGAAGAGGAGGGUUAGGUGGAGUUGAGCUGGAGUUUGAUCGGUUUAAAGAGUUAAUAACUCCUGGGGAGUGCAAUUUUUUUAAAUGAAUGGACUGCAGCUCUUUUUCGUCUUCUUUUCCUUUUUCACAAUCGAACACAAAAGGAACACACAAAUGAAAAGGAUAAUUGGAAGAGGAAUAAGGUAACCUGGCUUAUAGUACAUGCAAUAGACAGUUUAUACACCAGACUAUUGUCUUUAAUUUAGACUAUAUUUAAGACAUGGUUAACCCCUCUAAACCCCUUUCUCCUGCCAAUUAUUCCUUUCAUUUGUGUGUUAUAAACUUUUCUUACUUUUUAAAAAAGCAUUUAAAAUCAUCAUCUAACAGUUGAACACUAUUUUCUUAUAAUUUUUGUUUUUAAAUUUUAUAAUUUUGUUUUUGUUUUAUUUUUUAUUAUAUUUUCUAUUAUUUUUUUUUAUAAAAAUAAAAACUUUGUUAUUCAGUUUUUUAGAAAACUUCCAAACAUUCUCAUGACAAAAAAAAACACACAUAAACAAAAACAAUAUGCUUCCUUUAUUUUAUAAAAAAUUAUAAAAAAAAAACCUAAAAAAAACAAAUGUAAAGUUUAUAUUAUAAAAAAAUAUAUUUUUUUACUAAAAAACUAAAACAACAUAAGUUUAUAAUUUCUUUUCUAUUAUAAAAAUAAGUUUUCUAAAGUGUUAUAAAAAAAAUCAAAAUUUUUGUUAAAAAGUUUAAACCACAAAAAAACCUUAAACUUGAACUAAACUCUUCUUUUUUUUUUUAAUAAAACUAUAAUUUUAAGAAUUAUAAGUUCUUUUACUGCUUAAAACAAAAAAAAAAACAUUCCAAGUUCAACUUGGCCCCCCCCCCCCAAAACACUCCCCCUUUACCCACUUAACAUGACAAAUUUCAAAUUUAAAUUUAUUAAUUUUAGUUUAAACUUAAAUGAAGAAAAAAAAA